GUCGAGCAACCGUUGGCUGUCUAAAACAUAUACCCUGUGCGAUACAUCCUUUAUCUAGAGCUCUUUCCUUGCCCAAAUUCCUCAACUUUCUACCUCUACUACGACUGUGACCUCAUUGCCCCACCACCAAGGCAAGCUCCCCGCAGGCAGUCCGUACCUAGAGGUACUCAUCAUCUACAUCCUCUCUUAAUUACGUCCAAGACAAUCAGACUCAUACCGGAUCUGCUGCCUGCGCCUUAAAGCGAGCCGCCGAGCCUCCAUCCCUCCGUUUCUCCCACAUUCCUUCCCACGGCACUUCUGUUGAAUCGAUCACAACCAUCAUGGCCUCCAACCGUGCCAGGCGCAUUGCAAAAGAGAUUGCCGAUAUCAAGGCCGACGUACACUCCCACAUCGUCGUGGACCCAGCGGGGAAUGGCGAUGAUCUCACACACCUUCGGGGCCAGUUCAACGGCCCUCCAGACACACCCUACGAAGGCGGCACAUUCUUCGUCGACAUCAAGAUCCCCAGCGAAUACCCCUUCCGACCGCCGAACAUGAAGUUCGAAACCAAGAUCUGGCACCCCAACGUCAGCUCUCAGACCGGAGCAAUCUGCUUGGAUACACUCUCUUCGCAAUGGUCUCCGGUGCUCACAAUCAAAUCCGCCCUCAUAUCUCUCCAGUCUCUCCUCAGCACACCCGAGCCGAAGGAUCCCCAAGAUGCAGAGGUUGCCGGCAUGAUGAUCAGGAAUCCUGCUGAGUUUGAGCAUGUUGCUCGUGACUGGUCGGUCAAAUACGCUGGCGCGCCAAAGAAGGAGGUCGCAGAAGGCAGUGGAGGCGCCACUGCGGAGUCCAUCAAGCGAAAGGCUCAACAGGCGAAGGAUAAUGAGGAGAAGGUCAAACUAGCUGCGUACCACGGAUACAACAAGGAUCUCAUAGACCGUUUCGUCGCUAUGGGUUUCGACGUAGAAAGCGUAGUCUCCGCGUUUGAAUACGUCGGCAUUGACAAGAUGAACGGUGACGACUACGAGCUUGAGGAGGCAUACAUGGGUGACAUCACCGCUCGUCUAUUCGGCGAGGCGUAGAUCGAAUACGCCCUUCAAUGACCAUUCCAUAUGCCGCGCAAUACUAUCUAAUACCCGUUUCUUACAAUUAGAGUAUCUAAGAAUACCGACGAUUCAUGUUACUUCACCUCACUUCAAGUGCUAAAGAGCAACUACACUGCUGACGGGGGAUUUCUGGCGUUCCUCUUUCUUCUCCUCUUUCCCUCCCAACCAUUGAACAACUUCAGCCACCCUUUCUCAUGUUCACGGCGUCAUGAUUUCGGGCAUUUUCCCUUCCCCCUCUCUUGUGUCUGUCUGUCUGUCUGCAAAAGACUUUCUUCCUCUCCUUUCUCCCUUUCCACCUUCCACCUUUCCCUCUAUUUGGUACCUUUGCCAUGUCAGUUUCUUGUAUCUCCGGAACCAGAGGGGAGGAGUCGUGUUAGCAUGGAUUAAACAAGUACCAACAACAGCGAAAUAGCAACCUCGAAAAGAAAAACUUAGUGACACAUCCA